AGAUCAUUCUUUUUGGCACGAACUAAAAAGGAAAUAGGUUCACACAAACUGAAAUGGAGGGAGUAUGAUAAUUUCUUUUCAUCCAUAUAUGUCUUGGUGCACAGAGUUAGCUGAUACCUAUGUUGAUAAAAAAUAGUAGAUAAACUGUGGAACUAGUCGAGGUGCAUAGAAGAUGGCCCGGACAACACAAAGAAAUACAAAGUAUAUAUUUACAAGUAAAACCCAAAGCUUUAUCCAUAUAAAGCCACUUGUACCUUAUCGACUAUACCCACACCCAACAUACAUUAUCUUCACCUUGUAGCAAAUCUUGAUUCAGCCUUCCCACAGUCUAUGUGUGGACUUCCAUAUACACACAACCUAAGGUGAAACAGUUACAGGUCUUUAUUACUAUGGAGAAAACCAUACCUGGUAGAGAGGACAACAAGAAAUCCACUGAUUGUAGUAUCGCAGAGGACAACAAGGCGGUUCUUCAGUUCAUUGAAGAAGUCACUACCAACGUUGACGAGGUCCAAAAGAGAGUUCUUGCUGAAAUCCUCUCGAGGAAUGCCAAUGUUGAGUACUUGCAGCGUCAUAAUCUCAACGGUCACACUGAUAGAGAGACGUUCAAGAAAGUCAUACCUGUCAUCACCUAUGAAGAUAUUCAGCCUGAUAUCAACCGUAUAGCAAAUGGUGAUAAAUCUCCAAUCCUCUGCUCCCAACCCAUCUCUGAAUUCUUCACAAGUUCUGGGACGUCCGGAGGGGAGAGAAAGUUGAUGCCAAUAAUAGAGGAAGAUUUUGGGAGGAGAUCACAGCUAUACAACCUUAUGAUAUCUGUGGUGAGCCAAUCUUUUCCAGAUUUGGAAAAGGGCAAAGGAAUGUAUUUCAUGUUCGUAAAGUCUGAGGCAAAGACCCCAGGAGGAUUACUAGCUCGCCCUGCUUUAACUAGUAUUUUCAAGAGGCCUCAUUUCCUCAACUCAAACCACACCAGCCCAAUUGAGACUAUUCUCUGCCUAGACUCUUAUCAGAGCAUGUACUCCCAAAUGCUUUGUGGCCUCUGCCAAAACAAAGAAGUCCUACAUGUAGGUGCGGUGUUUGCAUCCGCCUUCAUCCGUGCCAUGCGAUUCUUGGAGAAGCACUGGUCUCUACUUUGUAACGAUAUCCGAACUGGAACCAUUAACGCACAAAUUACUGAUCCUGCAGUGAGAGAAGCAGUGAUGAAAAUCCUAAAACCUGACCCAGAGUUAGCUGAUUUUAUUGAGGCUGAAUGCAGCAAAAGUUCAUGGCAAGGGAUUGUCACUAGGCUGUGGCCUAAUACCAAGUAUGUGGACGUUGUCGUCACUGGAACCAUGUCACAAUAUAUAUCAACCCUUGAGUAUUACAGCAGUAGCCUCCCUCUUGUCAGUACCACGUAUGCUUCAUCGGAAUGUUCCUUUGGAAUCAACUUGAACCCGCUUUGCAAACCCAGUGAAGUUUCUUACACGCUCAUUCCCACCAUGGGUUAUUUUGAGUUCUUACCAAUUCACAGAAUCAAUAACGAAGUCAAAGACUCUAUCUCCGUGUCCGAGUCGCAAAAUGAGAAAGAACAACAACAAUUAGUCGAUCUGGUUGAUGUCAAGAUUGGGCAGGAGUACGAGCUUGUUGUUACCACAUAUUCUGGACUCUAUAGAUACAGGGUGGGUGAUGUGCUUCGGGUAGCUGGAUACAAGAAUAAUGCACCUCAGUUCACCUUCAUUUGUCGGGAAAAUGUAAUCUUGAGCAUUGAUUCCGACAAGACUGAUGAAGUUGAGCUACAAAAUGCAGUGAAAAAUGCAGAGAGUGUUCUGAUACCAUUCAAUGCACAUGUAACCGAUUACACAAGCUAUGCUGAUACUUCUACCAUCCCAGGCCACUAUGUCGUAUUCUUGGAGCUGAGAGUGAAUAGCUCUACCCCAAUCUCUCCUUCAGUGUUCGAAAAUUGUUGCCUCAGCAUUGAAGAAUCUCUAAACAGCGUCUACCGCCAAGGCCGUGCAUCUGACAAAUCCAUCGGACCUCUGGAGAUCAGGAUAGUUGAAAUUGGAACUUUCGACAAACUCAUGGACUAUUGCAUUAGUUUAGGUGCUUCCAUAAACCAAUACAAGACACCGCGGUGUGUGAAAUUAACACCCCUUAUUGAGCUAUUGAAUUCGAGGGUCGUGUCCAGCCACUUCAGUCAAACAUGUCCAAAUUGGAUUCCUGGCCACAAGCAAUGGAACAACAUGAAUUGAAUAGCCAAUUUCCAUUUCUUCUACUGGUAGUUUUUUUCCCUAUGCAGAAAAGAACAACUAUCUUUGUAAAUUAUUAUAGCAUUGGAAAAGAGUGAAACCUGGUAGACCUAUCUAUGUUAAUGCUUCAGUUUAGAACUUUUUUAUCUC